AUGGAGACAGUGCUCCUUACACUUUCAGACAUGAUGCAAGCGAACAAGCGCUCAAUGCACUAUCUCCAUCCUUCUACCCGCACUGGCUACUUUCGCAGCGCACUGAAAGACUGCAUCGAGGCCGAUAUGGAGUGGGACUUACUUCCGGACGCCGAUCUUGACACCUUCGGCCAGGCCCCCGUCUGGAUCUACCCGGGGAAGCUGCUCUCCAACAACGACAUCUCCGGUCAGACCCUCGUCUGGUUCCACGAGGGGAAGCUUCCCUCUAACACUAGCAUCUCCGGCCAGGCUCUAGCCUGGAUCUACCCGGGAAGACUCACUCCAACGGCGGCAACCGCGACUUGUGCCGUGUCUGACUCGGAAAGUUCUGAAGUUCAUCACAUACUUCCUCAGAAGCAGAUGCAGCUGGAGUUGUAG